CGGAGGACCCUGAACGCCUCGCUCAGAGCAGUGGACUGAGAAGGGCGAUGAAAACAAAAAUGGACAUCAAACGAAAAUAGCCAGCCGUCAAUGUCAGACCUCUGACUGGCACGUCACGAAGAACCUGAGGGGAAAAAAGAAGUGAGAGGCCAGAGUCCAGAACAAUGGAGGCUCGCUAUGGUAACAUUGUGUUCAGCUCCAAGUUCGACUCAGGGAACCUGGCACGUGUGGAGAAGGUGGAGAAGGGCAGCUCCAGCCCUCCUACUGACACAGCUCCCAGCGGGGGUGCCCUCUCAGGGUCAAAUCUCACCCCUGACUAUGAGUUCAAUGUGUGGACGCAGCCAGACUGCGGCGGCACGGAGCACGAGAAUGGAAACAGAUCGUGGUUUUACUUCAGUGUACGAGGUGCUGCACCUGGGAAGAUACUGAAGAUCAAUGUGAUGAACAUGAACAACCAGAGGAAGCUCUACAGCCAGGGCAUGGCUCCGCUCGUACGCACGUUACCUGGCAAGAACCGGUGGGAAAGGAUCAGAGACAGACCCACAUGUGAGAUUAUAGAUAACCAGUUCAUCCUCUCAUUCACUCACCGGCUGCUGGAGACGCGAGGGGCGACCACCUACUUCUCCUUCUGCUUCCCAUUCUCCUAUAGUGAGUGUCAGGAGAUGCUGCAGCAGUUUGACAAGAGCUACCCCAACGCUGCUCAACUCAGUCCGAGCAGCACCCCAGGCAGUGUGUAUUAUCAUCGGGAGUUGCUGUGCCACUCUCUGGAUGGCAAUAGAGUGGACCUGCUCACUGUGACCAACUGUAACGGGAUGGAAGAGGAGAGAGAACCCCGUCUGCCUAAACUGUUUCCUGACACCAACAAUCCAAGACCGCACCGCUUCUCCAGCAAAAGGGUGUUUUUUCUCAGCAGUCGAGUGCACCCUGGGGAGACUCCCUCGUCCUUUGUGUUCAACGGUUUCCUCAACUUUAUCCUGAGAAAAGACGACCCACGUGCUCACGCCCUUCGAAACAUGUUUGUGUUCAAGCUCAUUCCAAUGCUCAACCCAGACGGGGUUGUUCGUGGACACUACAGGACUGACUCCAGGGGUGUGAACUUGAACCGACAGUACCUGAACCCCAGCCCUGAGCUGCACCCUUCCAUCUAUGCAGCCAAAACACUCUUGCUCUACCACCACACCCACAACCGCCUGCACAACACACAGUCCAGCCCUCACACUAACAGCCCCACACACACGCAGGCCCCGCCCCUCAGCAUCAAACCCGCCAACCAGCAUCAGUCUCCGCCCUUCACUGCGCUUGAAGUCAGCUUAAACCAACGAAACGCAGAAAAGGAUGCAAAUCCUGCGCCGGCAGAGGUUCCCAUGGUGAUGGAAGAAAACGCCUGGGUCAACACGGAGAUGGGGAAGGGGGACCACAACAGCUCGUCAAGCUCCACAGAGACUGUAGCUCCUGUUACUGUGGAGGUAACAGAACCACAGGUGGAGGAACAGGAACAGGAAUCAAUUCCACCCCAGGAGGGGGGUGUGGCUUAUUAUGUGGACUUACAUGGCCACGCCUCUAAACGGGGAUGCUUCAUGUAUGGAAAUAGCCUUCCUGAUGAGAGCCAGCAGGUAGAGAACAUGUUGUAUCCAAGGCUGAUAGCUGUGAACUCUGCCCACUUUGAUUUCCUGGGCUGUAACUUCUCUGAGAAAAACAUGUACGCACGGGACAAGAGAGACGGCCAGUCUAAAGAAGGCAGCGGGCGGGUGGCCAUUCACAAGGCCAUAGGGCUGCUUCACAGCUACACUCUAGAGUGCAACUACAACACAGGAAAAACCAUGAACACCAUCCCACCUGCUUGUCAUGACAACGGACGAGCGACCCCUCCUCCACCGCCAUCAUUCCCUCCAAAAUACACUCCAGAGAUAUUUGAACAGGUGGGGCGUGCUGUGGCGAUCUCAGCCCUGGAUAUGGCGGAGUGUAACCCGUGGCCACGUCUGGUGCUGUCUGAGCACAGCUGCCUGAUGAACCUUCGAGCUUGGAUCCUCAAACACGUCCGCAACACCAAAGGCCUGAACACACAAAUCAACGCUCAUCCUCCACCGAGAAUACACCACAAUGGCAGCAAGGUGUCACCGCCAAAGAGCUUCAACAACUGUCUGUCUGGCUCAGCGUCGGAGAACACGCUCAGCCGCAUUCGCUGUAACAGCCACAGUAGCAGCAGCCAGACGCCCUCCCCGAAGAUGCACAACUCCCCGAGCUUUACUUUUGGCUGCCCCCCAGCCCGAACACACACACAGCACAACGGCACGCACACCAGCGGACGCGGAGGCAACAAGACACUCGGGCCAGUCAGGGACCCUAAGCCUCAGGAGAAGAGACGCCCCCCCCACCACCGCUCCAUCCUACGGUCUCCCAGCAACAGCCACACACCCUCCCGCCCCCCACUCUCACCCCCUUCCUCCUCCUCCUCCUCGUCUUCCUCUGUGUGUGCAGCGGGCUCCUGUCCCCUCCCAGCCUCCGUCAGUAUGACAGGCCUCAGCUGCCCAGACUUUCAGGCAGGAGGACCCAGUUCAGCGGGCUGGUCCAGAAUGCCUCUCCCCACGCGUGCUGGGCGUGUGGGGAGAGGCUGCCGAACCCUCACUAUCACUCAUCACCCUGCAGAGGCCCGCACAGAGACGACUAAAGACUUGGGGCCUGAACACAUCCUGUCCUCCAUCAAAUUUAGCAAGUGUGAGCUGCAACCUCACUUGAGCCGCAUCCCCAUCCGGAGGGCGGGGUCGACGGAAACCCCUCCUGCACCCGACAGUAAAACGUCCCCUACCAGCAUUAACCCCGUCUCAUCUGGAGGAAAGGAGGAGUCGGCCACCAUGAAGGUCUGGAAGCUGCUCAAACCCGGCCUCCAUCGACACUUGUCGCUGUCAGGUGUAUCAGGGAAAGAGGGCGCCAUGCAGUUGGCCUCUAAAGCACUGAUGAAGAAGAGCCCAGACAGGAGUCUCCACUACAAAGGAAAUGCGAUUAUAGAAACUGCACACGAGCAGGAUGAAACAGUGCAACAGGUUGAGGAAGCUCCUGUGAUGCCUCUGCCUGAGGCGGUGAACAUGUGUGAGACAGUGACGCUGUGUGGAGAAGCGUAGGAACUGCACGGAAGAGGAGACUCGUGUUCGUAUCUGCUAAAUGUGAACCUAAGUUACUUUAUGUGAUGAAACCAGUUAGAGGAAACAGGAGCGGGCAUUGUCAUCACAGAGGGAUUAUUUGAGGGCAUCUUAAUGUGCAAUACAACAAUUCUCAUACUAUUCAGAUUUUUACAGAGCAAACAUGGUGUUUUCAACCAUGACAUUCAACAUAGUCAAACUGCAGAGCUGCCCGGUGCCACUGAGCAGCUUCACUGCAGCAGCUUGAGCUUUAGUGCCUUGCUCAAUGAAACCACGACUGUGGCUGAAGUUUUCCACCUGAUCAAGAAUCCGUAGACUUGAAAUAUCAUUUAACCUUUCAGCUACCGUUACUGUACUUCACCUAUCCCUUUUUUUUGUAGUUCUAGUCGUUGUCUUCUGCUCCCACAGAAAGAUGUUCAAUGCACUCUGACCAACACUGUAAUGCACUGUUAGGUAUUUUUACUGUUACAGCAAAGGGUUGAUUUUUAUUCAGGCUGACAAGCACAGCUGCACCUUUAUAACCUCCUGAUUUCCAUUGUGACUGUAGAAACAAAUGUGAGUGAAGUGUGUAUUUAAUGCAGUUAUUCCAGAAGUUGUUUGUGUUGUGCAUAUAGUGCGUCUAAAAGGAAUUCAUCCCCGAUGGACUUUCUCAAGGAGGAUUUUUGACAACAGCAAAGAAACUCAAAUGUGAAUUUUAAAACACUAGUGAGCCCAGGAAGUGCAAAUAUAAAUGAAUAAGCUGUAUGAGUAUUCAGUCCCGUUCGUACAGUUAUCACUGGUCCAGCCAGCUGAAUUGUGACUGAGUGUUGAUCACCUCUGUGUGACAAGUGACUGUAGCAUAAAUACACCUGUGCCUCGAAGGUCAAGCUACUUGUUAGAAAGGAUGAUAACGACAAGGCUACUGAGAAGUACCAAUCAGAGUAAUGUAACAAAAAAAAUCAAGGCUGUACGGCUGGGUAGUGUUGAAAAAAAUGAUGACACCAGUACCCUUUGAGUGGCACUGAUACCAGAGUAUUUGAUACCCAUCACAGGCGUUUAGUAUGGCCUCACAUUGGAGCGUUUUGGUGGCAGCUCGGCUCACUGAACUGUCAACUCUGCUGCAGUAGUAGGCCUAUUACAUAUUGUAUUAAAUAUAAGGAUGUUUGCAGUGGAGGCGCCCAGUCAUUCAGUAGGUAGGACAUACGCCUCACAUAGAAAGGCAGGGUCCCUGCAGCAGCGGCCGCAGGCUCAAUUCCAGCCUGCAGCCCUUCGUUGCAUGUCGUCCUCCCACCAUGCAUCAAAAUAUUUAAACUAUCCUGUCACUAAAGGCAAAAAAGCCCCAACAAUAACCUAAAAAAACACUUGUAGUGAUUAUAAACAAGCAGAACCAUACAAUGUAUGGAUGUAUGAAUGUAAAAAUCAUUUGACGAGUUUAAUUACUACUUGGUAUUCGUAUACAUCGGUGAACACCUUAAGGUAUUGUGUACAGGUACCCAGCCCUCUGAAAAUCACCUGUAAAAUAAGGACGGUUAUCGAAAAUGAAAAAAGAUGGCACAAGUGUAAAUCUGCCUACAGCAGGCCACCCUCAUUAUCAAUGUGAAAUGGACCCUCCUGAGAGAGGACACCAAAUCCCAUGUAGCCUGGCAGUGGCUGCGUCUGCCGCAGCCCACCAGAGAACUGUGAUGUCAGACACUUUCCACAUCAUCUUACUGUCACACAAGUGAUUUAAAAGUAAAACAGUCAAAGUAGUGAAACCUGAUAAAGUCCAAAGGGUGUGUUAAUACUUUUAUACACACACUACAUAUUAUGUGUAUUGAAAAUAAUUUCCCCGUCACAUUCCUUUGGAGCUUUUUGCUCCACAGCUCACCAGUGUAAGACCCUGUAAUUUAUUACCAUACAUAUAUAUAUAUUCAUAUCAUAAAUAUUUUGUGUAAGCAAACAGUUACAGGACGUGUCUUUAUAAAUGUAAUACGCAUAUCCUAAACCCAGUGACAUAUGUACUGAUUUUUACCAAAUUACUUAUACUGUGACUGAUAUGAUACUGUGUUGGAACUUGAAUCAAACGUGAAGUUUGAAUAAAUCAACUUUGAAAAA